ACUGACUGGCAGCACUGCUGGGCUGCACUGGUGGGUGGCACUGGUGGGUGGGCACAGGUGGGUGGCACUGGUGGGCACAGGUGGGUGGGCACAGGUGGGUGGCACUGCUGGGCACAGGUAGGUGGCACUUCUGGGCACAGGUGUGUGACACUGCAGAGUGGCACAGGUGGGUGCACUGCUGGGCACAGGUGGGUGCACUGCUGGGCACAGGUGGGCGGAGCUAGUGGGGCGCACUGCUGGGCACAGGUGGGCGGAACUUGCGGGUGGCAUUGCUGGGCACCG